AUGAUUGCCUAUGCGAGCGGACUAUUUUUCUGGGGUUGGUUAGGAGAUCGUCUGAACCCGAAGCAUGUCAUUGUAACGGGAAUGAUCGGAUCAGCUGUCAUGCUGACACUAUUUGGUGCUGUUCCCAAGUGGUUUGGAUAUUAUAACGCCGCUUACUACGUGCUUACGUAUAUAUUAUUUGGUUUAAUGCAAGCCUGUGGUUGGCCAAGCGAAAUCGCAAUAAUGGCAAACUGGUUUGGCAAGGCAAAUCGAGGUUUCGUGAUGGGCGUAUGGGCGUCAUGCCAGCCGCUUGGUAACGUAUUCGGAUCGUUCUUCACUUCAUGGGUUUUACCAUUUGGAUACGAGAGCACUUUCUACAUGAAUGGCCUUCUGUUGAUGAUUGGAGCCUUCAUUGUGAUGAUAUCGAUAGAUUCAAAGCCGAAGGAAACGCAGUAUACCCACCUGAACGAUGUCGAGCACGCGGAGAGGUCCCAUGCAGCGGAAGGGGAACCAAUCAGCAUUAUCAAUGCUAUUCUUCUGCCUGGAGUGCUAGCGUACUGUUUGUGUAAUGCAUGCCUCAAGCUUGUCAACUACGCCUUUUUCUUCUGGUUACCGUUGUACCUGACAGGAAGCUUAUCACUGGGAAGAAACGAAGCGCGGGAAUUAUUGGUUAGCGUCUUGGGAGGUUACAUUUCAGACAAGAUGGGAUGCCGAGCGCCGCUGAUCGUUGCCAUGCUGAUUUGCUCUAUUGGCUCACUAUUUGUUUAUGCUCGUAUUGGCGCAAAUGUGAUCUGGAACGCAUUUUUCAUGACGGUUGUCGGUGUUACGAUUUCCGGUCCGUACAAUUUAAUUGUCGGUACGAUAUCUAUAGAUUUGGGGUCACAACCGAUACUCGCAUCGAAUGCGCAGGCUAGGUCAACCGUGUCCGGGUUGUUAGAUGGGACCGGAUCUGCAGGAAGUGCUAUCGGCCAGCUGUUCGUUCCAAUAAUGCAAGCUUCAUUCGGGUGGCAAUCUGUGUUCUAUCUCUUCAUUCGGUGUUGGUGCUCAGGCCUUUUUCCCAAGGAUACAAGAAAACAGCUUUAA